CGCGCACCUCACCUCAUUCCCUCGCGGAGUACCAGCAGCGAUCGAGCAGCCAUCCCACCUCCACACAAUGGCGACAGCGCAGGAAACGCAGGGACAACCCAUUGUGCCGGACAAGAUCCCCACCGGCGAGUAUCCGCUCAUCGACAAUGACCCGCACAUUUCUCGAGUUAUUCGAUAUGCUCGGCCAUCGGAUUGGGCAACAGGGUUAGCCGUCGGAGCGCUGAGCCCCGGCCUGAUGCUCUACUGGGAGAAGAUAUCGCCUUCCUACGUGGGCAAGGGCGGCUUCGCGCCCAUCCUGCGUCUCAGCUGCGUUAUCGGCCUCACCGGUGCCUUUAUGUUCACCUAUGCGCGCUCCUCGCACCGCUUCUACGGGGCCCGCGAGAACCGCCGCGAAGUCGAAAUGGACAUGAGGGAAAUGGUCGACAAAAUCAAGCGCGGCGAGCCCCUCUACGGCGAGUCCAGAAUGACGCCCUACAUGCAGGGUGUGGCGCACAGGAACUCGCGCUACUCGGCCGUGUUCGCCCACGUCCUGCCGUGGCCCAAUUUUGUCAACCACCCCUACCACGGAGUGGAUACCGCAAAGUACUACCGACAGGCGGAGUUGGAGUUGGAGCAGGAGAGGCUUGCGAGGGAGGGCGGUGGGCUGCAGUAAAAGGGACGUUCACAUGGGAGAUUGGGCAGAAGCGGGUUGGGAGGGGGAAUAAACAGCACAGAUGCGUCAAUGAUUUCCUUGCAUGUUUGGAGCUGUACAUAAACUAUGCCAGAGAGCAAAGACGGGGUGUAUCAACAUUCUUUUCGUUACGGGUCCUCCGGUCGAGGUCCUCCAGUCACUCUCACGUGAUACGUCUCCUCUCUACCUAGGUAACAGAUUGCGACAACUAUCCGGCCCGUCACGGGCACGUUUCGAUCUCCAGAAAUAUCAUGGGGCAUGUACAAGUACACUCCAGAGACUAGACAAUGACAUGGGACAAGACCACCC